GACAAAAUGGCUGCUCCACAAGUGGAAGAUGAGGCGUUCGUCACCUUGGCUACCAAUGACUCCUAUUGUUUAGGAGCCAUGGUGCUGGGGCAUUCCUUGAAACACGUGGGAACAACAAGAAAGCUGGUCGUCAUGAUUUCACCGCAGGUUUCAGGCUCUAUAAGGUCCCAGUUGUCUGGCAUCUUUGACUUGGUAGUCGAGGUGGACGUCCUCGACAGCCAAGACGUGACCAACCUGGCCUUGUUGUCCCGGCCAGACCUCGGGUGUACUUUCACUAAAUUCCACUGCUGGAGGCUGACGCAGUUCUCUAAAUGUGUUUUCUUGGAUGCAGACACUUUAGUCUUACAAAAUUGUGAUGAACUUUUCGAACGAGAUGAGUUUUCCGCCGCACCAGACGCAGGCUGGCCCGAUUGUUUCAACUCCGGGGUAUUCGUCUUCAGACCCUCAGAAAAUACAUAUCAGAGUUUACUGUCAUUUGCAGUUAGUCAUGGCACAUUUGACGGUGGUGAUCAGGGCCUUCUCAACUUGUUCUACAGUGAUUGGUCAACAAAAGACAUCAGCAAACACCUGCCAUUCAUUUAUAAUGUAGUCUCACAAGCCUUCUACAGCUAUUUACCAGCCUUUAAACAGUUCGGCAAGAAUGUAAAGAUUUGUCACUUCAUCGGUGAGCAGAAGCCAUGGAGGUACACAGUGGACCCGACGUCCGGGCAAGUGCAGACGGACGAAUCGACAGUCCACAAUCAAACCUUCCUACAAAUAUGGUGGAGAUAUUUCCUGUCCCUAGUUCAUCCUUUCCUAGAUCCUACUUUGGCUAAAAAUCCAGAGAAACCUUUACAUCAUCUCCAUCUGCCUGCACUGGAUCCGGAGACUGCCCGGCGAGCAGCCAGCCGUAUCAACUACAAAAUGACCAUGCCAUAUGUCUUGCCCGAUAUCGACGUAUUUUACAACGUUAAAGAAGUGGUAUCGCCGUCUGGCGAGCCGGUUGUAGUCGAUGUUGACGAAGAACGGUGCUAUCAUCAUUAUGAAUCACAUUACUUAGAAGAGCCGAUGUCACAUAUGGACGCUGACAAUCCCGCACCGUCAUUAUACGAUGCAAAAGACAUUGAAAAUAUUAUUCAUAAGACGAAUGGCUCAAAUACUGAACACUGUGACGUCGAAAAUAGUGAGUCUGGAAAAAGUGAUGAUAGACAUAAAAGUUGUGAUAAUGGCGAUACGAACUGUGAUAAAACUGACGAUUCCAACAGUAUUAACCCUGAUUCUUCAAAAUGCCAUGAUGGCGGGCAUGACCAUUCCUCUACUCACCUUGCAUGUUGCCAUGGAAACUGCGGUACUUCAGACGAGGGCGGAAUUGUUGGACAGCUGGCCGGAUUGAAACUCGCAGGCCCAUCGCCUGAACCCUUGCCACAAAUGAACGAACGCGAAUGGCAGUACGCCUGGGAACGAGGUCAGAUCGACUACCUUGGCAUCGACUCUUUCGAAAACAUCAAGUCGAAAAUCGAAGACACGCUAGGCAACGGUGCAAAGAAACCACCAAGUGCCGAGGAGGAAGGCGUCAAGAAACCAGCUAGUAAAUCUAAGACCUCGUCUAAAUCUAGUAAAACGGGCAAAUCGAAGAGCUAAAGCUUUAAUGACGUGAUGUCAACGUUUUCUGUCGAAAUGUCGCUAAGUGUAGUAUUGGUCUACUGAAUGCCUAGUCGGGUGCUACUAAUAAAGGAAACAGUCACAUUUCUGUUCCUGAUCGAUAUUUUCCUCCAAAAUGUUUGAUUUCUUUAUUUAUUGACUUGUUAAAAGGAAUAUUUAUUAUCACCGCCAUAGUAUUCGUAGCUCAAUAUGUAAAAUUUAUAUGGCUUGGAAAAAUUCAUGCGGCUUUGAGAAAUUACGGAUCAAAUCGGCACGUACUUAUUUAGAAGAUCUUGAAUGUGUCAAACUACUGGAUAUUAUUGAUGUGCAAAUUGAGUAUUUCUAGUUUCUUUAUUCUAAGUUCGAAUCAGUCUUGAAUGGAACCAAUGUUACCCGAGUCUUUAAAUGCAAGAUUCUUUGCAAUUUCAUUUGAGAUCAAUACAAUUUUGCAAAGAUUUGUUCGUGAUGGGCUUCCUCAAAGCAUCCCGGCUAGGUCUUGUGACGAUUCUACAAAUGUACACUGUGUUGGGCAUAACUAAGCAUUUAGAAUUGAGCAGAGUUUAUUUUGAUACAAUCGUGAAUAAUACAAAGCAGUGUUUAGGUACCUGUACUUCGUGAGCUGCAUGCAUGUUUGGGAAUCGCAGUUUUACUCGGUAGAUAUAUUUCGGACUCGAUCACUUUUACCUUGUUAUGGGGAGUACCCACGUCAAUGAUUUAAGAUGUUUUAUAUACGGUAGAAUCUCUCUGUACGUCACUUACAGAGUUAGCCUGGAAGUGGCGACGGUACGCUUUAAUAUACAAUGGGAGACUGCUAAAAUGUGGAAUCUGCCAACUGGCAAAGCGAGGAUGUAAUCAUUCCCGAUUCCACAUUUUAGCAGUCUCCCAUUGUCUAAAGCGUACCAUCGCCACUUCUGAACGUGUCGUAUUUAAAGGGCACCCUCAGGACUGACGAGCUGUCCUUAAUAGAGAGGUGUCCUGAUCAGAGAGGUCAAAUUGAAUGGAAACAACUAAUUUUGGACAGACACUAGUGUCCUCCAGGUUGUCCUUGAUAGAGAGGUGUCCACUGUAUGAAAUUAUUUGCUGAUUUGGGGGACUACCACUGAAUUGUUUAUCAGUAAUGUUACUGAUUUGCUGUACAUGGUCGCUUAACAGAAAGAAAAGGUCUUGUCAAAUUGAUCACUGAGUUCAUCUGAUCACCAGAAUACGUUUUUCGCAAAAGAAAAUAUCGAUGAUUGCGACGAUUAGUUGGCUGUCUGAAGGCUCGGUUCAUAUGCAGUGGUAAAUGUUCAAAAUUGCACGACAAUUACAAGCUUGGGGUUCAAAUACUGUUGUUAAACUGUUUCUGUCACUUUGUGCUAAUUAACCCUUUCCAUGUGGAAUUGAUUUGUAAUUUCUACCAAAAAAAUUUAAAAACUUGAAAAUUGGAAACUGCACGAGUCGCCGAAGUCCCAAGUUCACCAUGAAUUGAAAGGACCAAAGGGCCUGGGGAUGGUGUCGCUGCAUUGUGCCAUCUUUGCUUGAAGGACCACGCCAUUCAUGAAAAGAAUUUCCAACAAAAUACUGCACCACGGCAUUGUGUACAACUGCAUUUCUAUUUUCCUGGACCACCAGUUUUUCUGAAAGGCGUACCCUUUAAGAUUUUGCAGGCACUCGGUAAGCAUGGUAAGUGUACAUGCAUGCCAACCCCAGGAAUGCGGAGGUUGGGAAAGUCAUAUCUGUCAACCACAUCGAAAGGGUUUCAACCUUAUGGGCAGCGGGAAUAGUGUCUCGAGACAAUGUCUGGACUAGACUCAUGACAUUUACACUGUUCCUGUUCAGAGGGUGGUUCAGGGAUGAAUGAGUCAGAAAAUGAGGUCUGCCAUCGGUUUCUAAAAAAGUUUUUAUCUGAGGUGCCCUCUACAAUGGAACAGGGUAAUUAUCAUGAGUGCAAGUCAGUCAUUGACCAUUUAUUAAUUGCCCUUGGCCUCACUUGUUAGAUUGAACUAUUUAUUUAUAGAGAACUAUAAUAAGACUGUACUGUAAAGUAGAUGAUUCUGUCCUAAUGAGUUAGACAUGCUCAGAUUUUUCGUUGGCAUAUAUAUACGCUUUACAAGAUAUAAGUAGAAGUAGACCCAGGAGGAAUCUGUUGAGAUAUUGUACUUUCAAUCGCUCAAAAAUAAUGUCUAGUCCCCAAUUUGAAUUUGCAGUAUUCAUCUGUAGUUCUGAAUAAUCCUGAAAAAGUCUUACAAAUCUGCAGUCAUUCAGAUUAAUGCUGUUUUACUCAAAAACGUCUUAUGCUGCUUAUGCAAACUGGUGACCAUACAGGGUGUCGCAUGAAUAUUUAAAAGAAACAAAGACAUGGUUGUAUGGUUAAUGUCUCUAAACUUUCGUACUAGAUUGUAGAACAGUAAUGUUGCGCGAUAUUGCAUCGAUUGUGCGUUAUAUCACCACUUUCUAAUGGGAAAUGACGUUAAUGGCGAUACAACGCAGAGGUGGCGAUAAAAUAUCACGCAACGUUGAGUUGUUGUGGCGAUAUUGUGGUCAGUUUUCCGCAGCAUUAGCUUUCCUAUGUCCAUGCAAUGUGCCAUAACACGAAUGUCCUUCUCUUGGACAUUCACUACAAUCAAGAAUUGAUAAACACUCAUCUCUAUUUUAUAGAAAUAUGUGCUACCAACCUUUGAAAUAUGUGCUACCAACCUUUGAAAUAUGUGCUACCAACCUUUGAAAUAUUAGCUACCAAACUUUGAAAUAUGUGCCACCAAACUUUGAAAUAUGUGCUACCAACCUUUGAAAUAUAAGCUACCAACCUUUGAAAUAUUAGCUACCAAACUUUGAAAUAUGUGCUACCAACCUUUGAAAUAUAAGCUACCAACCUUUGAAAUAUGUGCUACCAAACUUUGAAAUAUGUGCCACCAACCUUUGAAAUAUUAGCUACCAAACUUUAAAAUAUGUGCUACCAAACUUUGAAAUAUGUGCCACCAACCUUUGAAAUAUUAGCUACCAAACUUUGAAAUAUGUGCUACCAACCUUUGAAAUAUAAGCUACCAACCUUUGAAAUAUCAGCUACCAAACUUUGAAAUAUGUGCUACCAACCUUUGAAAUAUAAGCUACCAACCUUUGAAAUAUGUGCUACCAAACUUUGAAAUAUGUGCCACCAACCUUUGAAAUAUUAGCUACCAAACUUUAAAAUAUGUGCUACCAAACUUUGAAAUAUGUGCCACCAAACUUUGAAAUAUUAGUUACCAAACUUUGAAAUAUGUGCCACCAAACUUUGAAAUAUUAGCUACCAAACUUUGAAAUAUGUGCCACCAAACUUUGAAAUAUUAGCUACCAAACUUUGAAAUAUGUGCCACCAAACUUUGAAAUAUUAGCUACCAAACUUUGAAAUAUGUGCCACCAAACUUUGAAAUAUCAGCUACCAAACUUUGAAAUAUGUGCCACCAACCUUUGAAAUAUUAGCUACCAAACUUUGAAAUAUGUGCCACCAAACUUUGAAAUAUGUGCUACCAACCUUUGAAAUAUAAGCUACCAACCUUUGAAAUAUUAGCUACCAAACUUUGAAAUAUGUGCUACCAACCUUUGAAAUAUAAGCUACCAACCUUUGAAAUAUUAGCUACCAAACUUUGAAAUAUGUGCUACCAAGCUUUGAAAUAUGUGCUAACAAUAUCAGCUUUGCUGAUAAUGGCGAAAAAAUAUGACUGCGCAAUGGAAAAUUUGAUUGAAGUUACUGUUAUACAGGCUUGAGAAAAUGCUAAAUUUUAGGUACACUUAUAUUGCAAUUUCUUUUAACUGCGAAAUAAAAUAUUUGCAGAUAUUUCCCGGUAUCAUUUUGUAUACUGUACCAUUUGUUGGAUUAUAUCUAUUUUGUUAGGUAUUCUGUUUCAAAUUAACCCUUUGACUUCCUCUGGCCAUUUUGCUCAAGACAGAAAAAUGUCUGAAAAUUUGAAAUGUUAUCGAAACCAUGUCACAUGGGUAUUCAUUUGAAAGCACUCGAUGAGAGUUUUCCAAUGAUUCCAUAUGUGAUAAACUUUAGAUUCUCUUUGUUGUUUUGUUUACAUUUUCAAAUUUGUCAAAUAUGCCUUGGCAGUGAAAGGGUGAAGCAAUCAUUGAUAUUUAUGCCACAGCGCAAUGCAACACAGGCAACUUUCAAAGUGAGCCAAAAAUAACUUUACAUGUUACGCAGAUUUAUUUUUGGUGAGGCCGAUGGUCAACCCUUCAUGUUACUUCCGUUUCAUUAUCAUGAUGCCUACCUCAGUUUGAGCCAAAAGGAGGCCUAAUGCAUUAUACAUAGACCACUGUGCAACAUUGUAACCAAGGUGUUUCAGAAUGCUGAUUCCCUCUCUCAGUCUUGAUAUUUGUGUCAUACUUUCUACUUUUGAGUUCUACAUGUAUAAUCAUGAUAGAUUUGAUAGGUCAGCAUCCAUAUGUACAGAUUGGAGACAAAACUGGGAUUGUUAGCAAUAAACUAAUCGCUUAAAAA